GAGCUGUGUACAACUGGUAGUAAUUUAUGAAAUUUAUGAGUCUCGUUCAAAAUUUGUUGAAAAAGUUUAGUAAGUUGCAGUCGCUAAUGCCUCUUGGUACGAUGCUGAAGGAUAUAUUAUACGCAUACCAAGUUUUUGAAUUCCCUCAAGAUCGUUUAAGAGACCAGGUAGAUUGUCAUGAAAAACUAGAUAAGCAAACUCCGUCAAGAAUCUACUAUAUAAUAACGUUAAGAAUUCAAGCGCUUUUAUUGCUCGAGAGCCAUGAUCUAUUAGAGGAGACGCACGGAAUUACGUCACACAAAACCUUAUCCAAUAGCAUUCCCCUAUUUGUGUAGAUCGUGUACCCAUGAUUCAAAUUUCAAAAUGUUUAAUGUAAAUGAUAAAAAGUAAGCUACUUACCUGUUUAAUUCAGGGUUUUCUUUUUAUUAUAUGGCGGCUCGUGAACCACUUUUCUGUUCUUUCCACAUUAUGACGUCACACUGUGUAUCUAUAACUGAACAGACAACGGCAAAAUCUUAUCUAUUUGUUAAAUACACGAUUUAAAAAAUUGGACUAGUUCUUUAAUACCUACUUUAGAGUGUCCUAACUGAGUUAAAAAAUAGAGUCGCUCAGAUGCUUUCUUUACAAUUGCGGAAACAUGUUUGUUCCCCAUAUGUUAUGAUCACAUUUUGCGGGUGCUUGUACUAUUAUAGUUAUAUAUGGACACGAUAUUAUAUGGUUCUAUUAUCAUUUCUUCUCAUAUAGUCAACUAAGAACGAAAACUGUCAAUGAGCAUGGGAUCGAUCAUGCAACUUUCAAACAUACACAACUAUCAUCCUCGUCGCCAGGGUCUCUUGGCCACGCGCGUCCGCCCUAAUUUUCAACAAGUGACCGAGUGAAAAUGGCUCAGCAUGGGGACGAGAAUGACACAACAAAAAAUGGUGUAUGAAGACAAAAGAAAUAUAUGAAGACAAAAGAAAUAUAUGAAGACAAAAGAAAUUUUGAAAAAGAUUUAUAUACAGGUGCAAAUACAACGCAGAAAUGAGCACAAUAACCAAAAAAGCAUGAAUACUCAAAUAGUCUUUUGAGACUGUCACUAUUAUGAAGUGUAAUAUAUAGUUAUGUAUGUUUCAUAUAAUCCUGUAAGCCUACUGUCGACUCUGACGUGCGACGCCUACUAGAAAUCUUUAAUUCAUAUCAAUCUGAAUGACAAUAUAGGAUUGAUGCCAAAAACAUAAUGCUGCAUUUUUUGACAUCCAGUAUAGAGGUCAGCAAUUUUCCAAGGAAGCCAAAGGAAGCAAGCAGUGUUGGGGGAUGCAUGCAUGAAACAGAUUUAAAAAUGAUAGUGUCUCAUUUUCUAUUAACUAGGUUUAAAGAUAGCCUGACCAUAAGGAUCGUAAUCUUCGUUUUUGGACAAGUACAAUAAAAUAUGACACCUGUUGAGUGUGUUUACUCAAAUCAUUGCCUUCCUUCCUAAAUAUUGGUGCUUUUCAAGCAAUCCCACGCGAUUUCAACUCAAACGCAGAGAGAAGCCAAGUAAUGAGAUUCUAAUGAGACUCUUUGUGUAAAUGCCCUCCAUGUGCACUGAACUGUACCAUGAUGAAAGCCACCUGUUAUUAGGACUGCCGUCCUAGUGCAAAAUAUUACAUCUAUAUGGAGUAAUAAAAUUUUCUUUUCCAUGACUAUAUUUCAGAAGUUUUCCAAAUGCAACAUUGGCCAACACCUCAGCCACACAGACAGAACUGGGCGAGUGAAAUUGCUGAUUUGUACAGAAAAAAUUAAAGGCGUUCCUCAAUGGAAAUUUGUUGACGGUAAAGAAACAAACGUUUAGUAUGACCCAAACUGUUUUAUGGAAAUUUGCAUGAGCUGUUGCACAUGCGCCCAACUCACACAAUCGGUCAGUUUAACCUUCUCUGCAUUCCUGCGUCAACGAACCUAUGUCAAUUCAAAACAGCGUUGUAGGCCUCUUAAUGUCCACACUAGAGGUGUGUGUCGGAUCGGAUUGAUCUCUUUGAAUCCGAUGGUUUGUCUAAAUUCUCAAUCCGAAUCCGAUGAUAAAAAAAUCUACUUUAUUGUCAUCGCUCAGCAUUAUAUAGUAUUACUCCGCUUCGGCCAAAUCACUCGGCUUACUCGGCUUCCUGCUAUAGAACUAUCUUAAUUUGUUAAAAUAUUCGAGUAAUUCGACGCAAUACAAGGAAAAAAAACAAAUCCGAUCCGAUCCGACAAAAAACCUACAAAAUCCGAUCCGACAAUAAAAAAAAGAAAUCCGAUCCAAUCCAAUCCGAUACGAGGGAAUUACUGUCCGAAUCCGAUCCGAAUCCGAUCAGAUCGGAUUUGCACACCUUUAGUCCACACGUUGUAACGUAUUUCUUUGUAAAUAUAAAUAUUAAGUUUAUUCUGAGUAUGUAACAUUUAAUAGUAUCUUAUCACAGCUUCUCCGACAUUGGGUGAGAUAUUCAACCCAGCUCGAGAUUAUUCUGAUAUUAAGUUCUUUGUAUGUUUGCAUAGUGAUAAAAUAUAAUAGUUUUGUUUGUGGAAUUAAAGAAACAAAUCCAAAGUAAAGAAAAGAAAAUUCAAAGUCAUGGAAACAAAACCAGCGUUCAAGAAAAGAAAAUUCAAAAUCAAGAGAACAUAAUUCAAAAUCAAGAAACAAAAAUUCAAAAUCAAGAAAACAAAACCAACAUUCAAGAAAAGAAAAUUCAAAAUCAAGAGAACAUAAUUCAAAUUCAAGGAAAGAAAAUUCAAGAUCCAGAAAACAUAGCCAUCAUUCAAGAAAACAAACUUCAAAGUCAAGGAAAUAUGAUUAAAAAGCUGGAAAAAGAAAUUCAAGGUAACAAAAUAAAAGGAUAAUAAAAACAUUAAGGUUAUAGAAAAUCAAACGUCCUAAAAUUUUUAAUUAAAGUUAAAAUGAAUCUCUCGUUUGCAACAAUUUUUAAAAUAAUUAAAAUUGAAUAAUUAGUUACGGUAUCGUUUUUUCAAAUUUUCUAACAGUAGUGAAAAUUAUUGUUAUUACUAAUGACACCGGAAGAACAGCUUGUGAAGUUAAAGUGAUAUAAAGUAUAAAGAUUUCAAAACAAAAACGAAAAAUUGCUAUUUUACAGAUAUUAUAACCGCGCUAAUAUAUGGCACAUGUACAUUCUCCAGCUUGUUCAAUAUUACGAAAAAAACGUCCCAUUUAAAUCCCGAGGGAUUCAGUCCGGUACAAUAACUGUUUUCAAAGCUCCACAGCACCACUACAUCUACCCUGAUGGAGCCAGAAGAGUAUUAAGCUUGCGUGUCUCAUGAAUUAUUCUUGAGUUUAACAGCUUUUAAAACAAACGAAAAAUUAUUAUGUUUUACAGCUAUUAACAAGCGUAUUGACAGGAUACAUUCAUCAACGUCUUGUUCAGCUUUGUUAAUAAAACACCCUUCAACACCAAGUGGGAUGUAUUAUAUUAAUCCCCAAGGACUAUGUUCAUCGCCAUUGGUUCAAGUAUAUUGUGAUAUGACGUCAAAGAAUGGUUUUGGUGUGACGGUGAUUGGACAUGACAGUGGAUCAAGGACACUUGUGAAGGGAUAUGAAUCUCCAGGUUCUUACAAACGAAAGAUUAAAUAUGGUAUUUUCAUGGAACAAAUUGUCGCCAUUGUGAAGCAGUCCAAAAAUUGUGAGCAGUUUAUAAAAUAUGAAUGUUAUGGUAGCGGUUUGUGGUUCUCUACACAAUGUGGUUGGUGGGUAUCACGUCAAGGAUCAAAGAUGAAUUACUGGGGUGGAGCGGCAGUCAACAGUGGGAAAUGUGCAUGUGGAAUGACCAACAGCUGUGCAGGUGGAAGAAAAUGUAAUUGUGACAGGAAUGACCGGACAUGGCGUGAAGACAGUGGAUAUCUGACUGACAAGAACACACUGCCUGUUACUGAGCUGAGAUUUGGAGAUACUGGCACCACUAGUGCUGGUGAGAAAGGAUACCACACACUGGGAAAAUUGCGAUGUUGGG